GCAGCCCGCGUGGAUGCUGCGUCCGAGCUCCUCAGAGAGAGGGGGGGGGCUCUCAUCCCAUCGCAUCUAAAUCCCAAAUAUCGCCUCUAUGAUUUCCACUUUCAGCCAGAAGAACGGCGUCUGUUCCUAAAACCAGAAAUCAAACCCGGCUCUCCUUUUCGCACGAGGUGAUUGGUGCAGCGCUCCUGACCGUGAUGUUUUCUCCAUCAUUGUUUUUUUCCCUCUGCGGAACCGCGGUAUAACCAGGCAACGGCUGCACUCUUGUAUAGGAUCUCUUGCGGAAAACAUUCAGGAGCAGAAAGCAAACCGCAUUAGGUGAUUUCUUCCCCCGCUGUUUAUUUCUUUAGUUGUUUUGUUAUUUGUGCGGGACUGAAUCCGGGAAUCUGCUUUUGCCCACCAAAGCGCGUCUAUGUCCUUGGAGCAUGGCCUGAUGUACACCCUAAGGACAACUCACUGCAUCUUCUGAACACUGUCCCUCCUUCUCUCCAUCACUAAUGGAUUGGGCUCGCCCUGAUCCCUCGUUCUGUUGACCCUCUGGUCGAGGGGGUAGAGUGGAGCGGGCAGGAUUUGCCUUUCCCCUUUUAUUGAGAGAGAGAUUUGCCCCUAUUGCCCUGAUUCCCUUUUCCAAUGGAGAGUUAGAAGGUUCGGGUAGAACCACGGGAGGGAGAGGAGAGGAACUGAAAACUGUGUACUGAACCACACUCAACACAAAACUAAUUUUGAGAGGAAACUAUUUAAUUUGACCCCCUUUAUUCAGAACUACUGAGACAGGGUCUCAGAGUGUACCGUAAAGCUACUGAUUAACUGACAGUGAGUAACAUAACUUAGUAAGCCGAAGAGUUUGAUAUGUCGACUACGGCAACUAUAGGAGAGAUGGCGAACAGUGGGGUGGAGUUCUACCCAAAGCGGGGUGGUGGAGGGGCGGAGGCUAACCACUCUGGCAAUUUUGGAGUGGCUAUGGAGGAGCUGCAGACUCUGAUGGAGCUGAGAGGAGGUGAGGCCCUGCAGAAAAUCCAAGAGAGCUACGGAGACACUGAAGGCCUCUGCCAGAGACUCAAGUCUUCCACCACUGAUGGUUUGUCUGAUAACCCGGCGGACUUGGAGAAGAGAGCGCAGGCAUUUGGACAGAACUUCAUCCCCCCCAAGAAGCCCAAGACCUUUCUGCAGCUGGUGUGGGAAGCGCUGCAGGAUGUCACACUCAUCAUUUUGGAGAUAGCAGCCAUCAUCUCUCUCGGCCUGUCCUUCUACCAACCCCCAGGAGAGGGGAGCGAGUCCUGUGGGAAUGAAUCGGGCAGCGCAGAGGAUGAGGGUGAGGCCGAGGCGGGCUGGAUUGAGGGUGCUGCUAUCCUACUCUCGGUCAUCUGUGUGGUGCUGGUGACAGCCUUCAAUGACUGGAGCAAGGAAAAGCAGUUCCGUGGGCUGCAGAGCCGGAUUGAACUGGAGCAGCGCUUCGCUGUGGUGCGCAAUGGCAAUGUCAUCCAGAUCCCUGUGGCUGAAAUGGUGGUCGGUGAUGUGGCCCAGGUCAAAUACGGUGACCUUUUGCCAGCUGAUGGCAUUCUGAUUCAGGGUAAUGAUUUGAAGAUUGAUGAGAGUUCCCUAACCGGAGAGUCAGACCAUGUGAGCAAGUCAGCGGACAAGGACCCGAUGCUUCUUUCUGGCACCCAUGUGAUGGAGGGAUCCGGGAGAAUGUUGGUGACCGCUGUCGGCGUGAACUCUCAGUCUGGAAUCAUCUACACUUUGCUGGGGGCUGGAGAAGGAGAGGGGGAGAAAAAAGAAAAGAAAGGAAAGCAGCCUGAGGCCACAGUGGAGAGCAAUCAGAAUAAAGCCAAGAAGCAGGAUGGAGCGGUCGCCAUGGAGAUGCAGCCGCUGAAGAGCGCGGAAGGCGGAGAGGUGGAGGAGAGGGAGAAGAAGAAAGCUAAUGUGCCCAAAAAGGAGAAGUCUGUUCUACAGGGCAAACUCACCAAACUGGCUGUGCAGAUUGGCAAAGCAGGUCUGGUGAUGUCGGCUAUCACAGUGAUUAUUUUGGUGCUGUACUUUGUGAUUGACACAUUUGUGGUGGAGGGAAGGAGCUGGAUGCCUGAAUGCACACCUAUUUACGUGCAGUACUUUGUGAAGUUUUUUAUCAUCGGAGUCACUGUGCUGGUGGUGGCUGUGCCUGAGGGUCUUCCCCUGGCUGUCACCAUCUCGCUAGCUUACUCAGUAAAGAAAAUGAUGAAGGACAAUAACUUGGUGCGGCACUUAGACGCCUGUGAAACCAUGGGCAAUGCCACCGCCAUCUGCUCAGACAAGACCGGCACUCUGACCACCAACCGCAUGACCGUGGUGCAGGCCUACAUUAAUGACCAGCACUUCCGCGAGAUCCCAGAUCCCAGCCAGGUCAACUCCAACACCCUGGAGUUAAUAGUGAAUGCCAUUUCUAUUAACAGUGGCUAUACCUCCAAGAUCAUGCCUCCGGAUGUGGAAGGCGGCUUGCCCAAACAGGUAGGGAAUAAGACAGAGUGUGGCUUGCUGGGCUUUGUGCUUGACCUGAAGCGAGAAUAUGCAUCUAUCCGUGAGCAAAUCCCCGAGGAGAAGCUGUACAAGGUGUACACUUUCAAUUCAGUCCGCAAGUCAAUGAGCACUGUGGUGCAGCUGCCAGACGGUAAUUUCCGCCUCUACAGCAAAGGAGCGUCCGAAAUUCUCUUAAAAAAGUGUUCAUCCAUUAUUGGAGCAGGAGAUGCAGUGCGGACCUUUAGACCAAGGGACAGGGAUGAAAUGGUGAAGAAGGUGAUUGAGCCCAUGGCAUGUGAAGGUCUCCGCACCAUCUGCAUAGCCUACCGUGACCUCUCUGGCGAGCCUGAACCUGACUGGGAAAACGAGGCCGAUAUUGUUACUGACUUGACCUGCAUUGCUGUAGUCGGGAUUGAAGAUCCAGUGAGACCUGAGGUUCCUGAGGCUAUCCGAAAAUGCCAGAAGGCAGGUAUCACUGUGCGCAUGGUCACUGGUGACAACAUCAAUACAGCUCGUGCUAUCGCUGCAAAGUGUGGAAUCAUUCAGCCUGGAGAUGACUUUUUGUGUAUAGAAGGAAAGGACUUCAAUCGACGAAUCAGGAAUGAGAAAGGAGAGAUUGAACAAGAGAGGAUUGAUAAGAUCUGGCCCAAACUGAGAGUUUUGGCUCGGUCUUCACCCACUGACAAACACACUCUUGUUAAAGGAAUCAUUGACAGCACUGCGUUGGAGCAGAGACAAGUUGUGGCAGUGACUGGUGACGGAACCAAUGAUGGACCAGCUCUCAAGAAAGCAGAUGUUGGCUUUGCCAUGGGCAUAGCUGGCACUGAUGUAGCUAAAGAGGCUUCAGACAUCAUCCUGACUGAUGAUAAUUUUAGCAGCAUUGUAAAGGCAGUCAUGUGGGGGAGGAAUGUUUAUGACAGCAUCUCGAAAUUCCUGCAGUUUCAGCUUACUGUCAAUGUUGUGGCUGUCAUAGUGGCCUUUACUGGAGCCUGUAUCACACAGGACUCGCCUCUAAAAGCGGUGCAGAUGUUAUGGGUGAACCUGAUCAUGGACACUUUUGCAUCUCUUGCCUUGGCCACUGAACCACCCACUGAAGCUCUACUGCUGAGAAAACCGUACGGUCGUAACAAUCCUCUCAUUUCCCUUACAAUGAUGAAGAACAUCCUGGGUCAUGGAGUCUAUCAGCUUGUCAUCAUCUUCACCCUGCUGUUUGUUGGAGAGAAGAUUUUUAACAUUGACAGUGGACGCAAUGCCCCACUGCACUCGCCUCCCUCCGAGCACUACACCAUCAUCUUCAACAUCUUUGUCCUCAUGCAGCUUUUUAAUGAGAUCAAUGCCCGCAAGAUUCACGGAGAGAGGAACGUGUUUGAUGGCAUCUUCGGCAACCCAAUCUUCUGCAGCAUUGUGCUGGGCACUUUUGCUGUGCAGAUUGUGAUCGUGCAGUUCGGGGGCAAACCCUUCAGCUGUGCACCUCUUAACAUGGAGCAGUGGCUGUGGUGCCUCUUUGUGGGGGUUGGAGAGCUUCUUUGGGGGCAGGUCAUUGCAACAGUGCCCACCAGUCACCUAAAGUGUCUCAAAGAAGCAGGCACCAGUCCAGGUACUGACGAGAUGACGGAGGAUGAGCUUGCUGAAGAUGAGGAGGAAAUAGACCAUGCUGAGAGAGAGCUGCGCAGAGGCCAGAUCCUCUGGUUCAGAGGUCUCAACCGCAUCCAGACUCAGAUGGAGGUAGUGAGUACAUUCAAGAGAAGUGGUUCGUUUCAGGGUGCAGUGAGAAGGCGUUCAUCAGUGCUCAGCCAGCUCCAUGACGUAACCAAUAUUUCUACCCCCACUCAUAUGCGGGUGGUGAAAGCGUUCCGUAGCUCUCUCUAUGAUGGCAUUGAAAAGCCUGAGUCCAGGAACUCCAUCCACAACUUCAUGGCGCAUCCCGAGUUUCUCAUCAACGAUUUCAUGCACAACAUCCCGCUGAUCGACGACACCGAUAUCGACGAUGAGUCAGAGCUAUCCAAGCACAACCACCACCACCUUCACCCGGCAUUCCGUAAGCCACCUCCUCCUCCGGUACAGCGAUCUCGUCCUCCACCUCGUCCCUACCGCCAGUACAGCCUACCAGCCACUCCCAACAUCAACAACAAUGCCAUUCCCAGCAGCGUGCACCUCCACCUGACCCAAGCCACAGAACAUAACGCACACUGGACCUCCCAUUCCCAACAGAUGUGUCCCCUUCUCAGCCUGGAGACUUCACUCUGACUGCCUGCACUCCAAACCAAUGGCACUCAAGGAUGAUAGAGAAAAGACCAGAGAAGGACUGCUUCAUCUGCAUAUCUGUGAUUUGUUAGGGGAACUUCUGUGGACACAACAUUGGUCUGCCAUCAGUCGACCCUUAACAUACUGUACUCCAGAACACACAAGGUUCACCAAGUCAUCGUCAUUUACUCUAAGCACCACAAUCUGGUGAAAUCCUACGAGUCACCUCAUCUUUACAGUUCCAACAAGCUCCGCCUCCUCUCACUGGAGGCUAGUGUGUUGUGCCACUGUAAUACCUGAGACCAGGGCAAGGAAGGUGACUGAUGCAGAAAUUAGCUUUUAUUUAAUACACUUCUGACUGGUUAUGAUGAAAGGGUAUUUAUGAUGCCAAGUGGAAAGGGUAUCAUGCCAGAUGGAACUAUCAGUGGUAGAAAAAACAUGUUUAAGACUUGACUUUUCAGAGUGCAAAGGCAUUACAUGCAGGCGGAGUAGGGGUCAAAAAUCAUGCCACUUUUUAUUAAUGUUAUUUACAUCACUAUUAGUGUCAUAAACUAUUUCUGACGG